AUGUCUGUCCUGAAACCAAUCGUUACGCCAGCGGCCGUCGAGUCGCCGACACCUUCCGACGGUGCCAGUCUUACGUCUCAAGGAAAAGUCGACGAUAAACAUCUAAGUGACUUGUCACCACCUCCCGCACCGGCUCUAGCAACCCGAGAGUCUGAGCGGAUGGAAGCAGCACUUGGAGAUGCUAUCCUACGGCUCUUGAGAAUCCGGAAAGGCCCAAAGGGGGAGGAAUACGAUCUCGAUGCGGUGGGGAUGAAUUCCGAGCCUGAGUGGGAGAACAAGGAUGUCUUCGACCCGAAUUUUCGCUGGACAUGGAGGGAAGAGAGGGCUGUUCGCCACAAAGUGGAUUGGAAGAUCAUGGUUUGGGUCUGUAUCAUGUUUGCUGCUCUGAACAUUGAUCGAGGCAAUAUAUCCAACGCCGUUUCUGACGACAUGCUUGAUGAUUUGGGUCUCACUCGGGUUGACUACAAUAUUGGGCAAACAAUAUCCCGAGUAGGCUUUCUCGUUGCCGAACUCCCAUCUCAGUUGAUCUCCAAACGUAUUGGCCCCGACAUCUGGAUUCCUAUCCAGAUAUGCAUCUUCAGUAUCAUUUCUGCCAUGCAAUUCUUCCUCAAAGGACGAGCUUCGUUCCUCGCUACCAGAUACUUGAUUGCCACGUUCCAAGGUGGUUUCAUCCCUGACACGAUCCUCUACCUCAGCUACUGGUACACCGGGAGAAGACUCCCCAUUAGGCUGGCCUGGUUCUGGAUGUCUUCCCAAUUAGUCGACAUUGGUGUCGGCUUCGCUGCCGUUGGUCUCUUAUCAAUGAGAGGGAUCCUAGGAUACGAAGGUUGGCGGUGGUUGUUCCUGAUCGAGGGUGCUUUCACCUUCAUUCGAGACGAUCCCCAAAAGGGCGGAAUGCAUAACCGACAAGGCCUUUCAGUGAGGCAGAUAUGGGAGUGCGCAAAGGACUACGACAUGUGGCCACUUUAUGCUCUAGGCUUGUUAUUCGGCCUACCGAAGUAUCCGAUCGGCCAAUACCUAACCCUUUCCUUCCGCGGUCUAGGGUUCAACGUCAUUGAAUCGAACCUGCUUUCGAUUCCGAAUGUUGUCGGUUCCAGUUUGAACAUGUUACUCAUCACCGCUAUCAGCGAACUAGUAAACAACAGGAGUUUCGUGUCGAUGGCCGAGGAUGCUUGGCUGUUGCCUUGUUUUGCAGCUUUGAUAGCGUUGCCGGACCCGAUCAACCCUUGGUCUUAUUUCGCAAUUGCGACAGUGCUUUUAGCGUUCCCAUACAGAAACGCAGGUUCCGUCCAGAACAGAACCGUCUCUGCCUCCCUCUACAACAUGUUCGUUCAAGUCAGUGGCAUGAUUGGGGCGAACAAAGACUCGCCGCGAUACUUUAAAGCCAACAAAGGUCUUCUAGUCAUCUGCAUUUGGAUGUGUGUCAUACAAUACCCUGGCACAUACUUUUACUAUCGAUGGAGAAACCACUCAAAGGCCAAGAAGUGGGAUGCAAUGACGCCAGACGAGCAGGACAACUAUAUAAAGACGACAACUGACGUGGGUAACAAGCGGCUUGACUUCCGCUUCGCUACGUAA